AUGAGCGACGAGAUUUCCCACAACCAGGAGCCGGCUCCUCAACCCCAGAAUCUUCGAGCUCAGAGCAAGGCAUCCAGCAUGGAGACCAAAUGUGAACCACCAAAGACCGGUCAAUCCACUCCUUCAAAGAUCACCCCUAGACCUACAUAUAUCAGUGGUGCAGCAGCUGCCUCAGACCUCAAGCUACCCCAGCAGAUGCUCUCCAAGAGAAACACAAUUGAUAUAAAUGACUAUUUCGUCAGUGGCCCUUUUAUUCUUCCUCCGUUUUCCCGCCAUGGCGGUAAAAAUGGACGUUCGGCUAACUGUGUCGAACUUGUAGAAAGGGCCUAG